UCGAAUAAAAAAAAACAAUGUGCUGGCAGGAAAACAGCAGAAAAAGCGGAAAAUUCAGCAGGAAAAGUUAAAGGAAAACCCGGUAAAAUGGCGAGGAACACGGGCAGUUCCUCGGGCUCCACGCCGGCGGCCUCGGCGGCCUCAGCGGCGGCGGCAGCAGCAGUGGCGGCGGCUUCCAAACAGAAGCAACAACAACAGCAGAGGAGCAGCAGUUUAUCCUCGAAUUUAAUCCUGGACAAGUGGAAAACGAUGAUUGGGUGCGUCUGCCUGGCGAUAGCCUCCUACUUUGGCUACCUGGGCUACCUGGAGACGCGCGUCAAUACGCCGUUUGACCACCAGAAGAUGGUAAUCCAUGCGGGACUGGAGCAACCCGAUCGCUACUGGGGAUCCUACAGGCCACUCAACUAUUUUGGCAUGAAAACCCGCGAUCCACAUAGCCUGGUGAUGGGCCUAAUGUGGUAUACACCUAGUAAUCUGGGUCCCGGUGGCCAGGGAAUACGCCACUGGUGCGAGCAGGGCGACAAGCUGGAUUCCUACGGCUGGACGCAUCACGACGGGCGCUCCUUUGGCCAGCAGGAGAUUCAGGAUCUGCCCUUUGAGCUGCGCACCUCCUUUGUCAAAUAUCCCGAGGGCAAGCAGUAUGGCGGAGACUGGACGGCGCGCAUCUCCGUGAGAAAUACCACACGCGCCUGGGACAAGAGCAUCUCGCUCAUUUGGUAUGUCGCCUUGGAUGAGCGCACCAAUGGUCAUAUCAAGUAUGUUUCGGAUGAGAAGAGUCCCGAACCGGGCGUCUAUGGCGAGACGCAGGGCUUAGGAGAGUUCCAGGUGCGUUUCCAUGCUGUAAAAGGCAAGAUCCUGCACAAAUCCUACCUCAGCACGGUGGCUCCAUCGCUGGGAAAGCUCAAGGAUACGCUAUUCUCGCAUUUUCGCGCCUUUGCUGACAAAAGAGGCAAUCGAUUUAUUGGUUUGCCCGGGGAAAUAGUCUCGCAGAAUGGUUUGCCAACGAAUAAUCCGGAGCCCAAUUUCAUAGCCAUACAGAUAACGGCGGAGGUGGACUUUACGCUGGAUAUAACCUACCAAUCCACGUCGGGUUUCUCGCUGGGCGAGUCCAUACCCAAGCCGCCAACUGGGCGGGAGUAUCAGCAGUCCCUGCAGGCCAAGAUUGCCCAGUUCGAGCAGCGUUUCGAAGAGAAAUUCAGGCUUAAAGAGAAAGGUCAUUCGCCGGAGGAAGUGCGUUUCGCACGCAAUGCCUUUAGCAAUCUGCUAGGCGGCAUUGGCUACUUCUACGGCUCGAGUCGCGUGCAAUCGGUGCACACGAAGAACCCGGUGCCCUACUGGAAGGCACCGCUCUACACGGCCGUCCCCUCGCGCAGCUUCUUUCCGCGCGGCUUCCUCUGGGACGAGGGCUUCCAUGGUUUGCUGAUCAGCGCCUGGGAUGUGGACAUCGAGCUGGAUAUCCUCUGUCAUUGGUUCGAUCUGCUGAAUGUCGAGGGCUGGAUACCCAGGGAGCAGAUUUUGGGCGUGGAGGCGCUGGCCAAAGUGCCCGAGGAGUUUGUCACGCAGCGGAACAGCAAUGCCAAUCCUCCCACUUUCUUUUUGACUCUGAGGAAACUCCUGACCAGCCAUCGGGCGGAAUUGUCGCAAAACGGACGACUGGCGACGCUGGAGCGACUGUAUCCGAGGAUUCAGGCCUGGUUCAACUGGUACAACACAACGCAGAGGGGUGAACUACUGGGCAGCUACUUGUGGCGGGGAAGGAAUGCCACAACUCUUAGAGAACUCAACCCCAAGAGCCUCUCCUCGGGUUUGGAUGACUAUCCCCGCGCCUCGCAUCCCACGGAUAAGGAACGCCACUUGGAUUUGCGCUGCUGGAUAGCCUUGGCUGCCUCGGUAAUGGCUGAACUUUCAACUCUCCUUGGCAAAGACGAUGUCAAGUACUACGAGACGGCCUCCUAUUUAACAGACAACGAGCAGCUGAAUCGCCUGCAUUUGGCACCAUACAGCGAACAGUACUCCGACUGGGGUCUCCACACCGACCAGGUGAAGCUGAAGCGUCCGCCGAUCCUCCAGCAGCAGCAGCGGCAUUCCAACUAUCAGCAGCAGCAGCCGGAAAUGCGCAGGGUGACGGGCGAGGAGCCCAGCUAUCAGUUUGUGGAUAGCACGUUUGGCUAUGUCAGUCUGUUUCCCCUGCUCCUCGAGCAACUGGAUCACGAUUCGCCGUAUUUGACCAAGUUGCUGAAUGAUUUACGUGACCCGGAGCAACUGUGGACCAAGUACGGCCUGCGUUCGCUGUCCAAACGAUCGCCGCUGUACAUGAAACGCAACACCGAGCACGAUCCGCCGUAUUGGCGCGGUCCCAUCUGGAUAAAUAUCAACUAUUUGGCGGCCAAGGCGCUGCAUCACUAUGGCAAAAUCGAAGGGCCGAAUGCAAAGCUGGCGAGGGAGAUUUACGCCGAGCUGCGCGACAAUCUGGUGGGCAAUAUCCUGAGGCAAUAUAAGCGCAGUGGAUAUUUGUGGGAGCAGUACGAUGACUCCACCGGCGAGGGAAAGGGUUGCAAUCCCUUCACCGGCUGGACGGCCACCGUCGUUCUCCUGAUGGCCGAGCAGUUCUAAAUUCUAGCUGCUAAAUCUGCUUAAUCUGCUGUGAGUUCCUCAACGAACAUCCCUGCCAGGAUUCCUGAAAACCAAUGAUCUACAUGUAAAUUGUCUUUGAGCCGCACGAGUCGCUUUUAAAUCAAAUAAAUUUGAUGCUUAAAAAUGUAGCAAAACCAACUUUUAUAGGUUUUUAUGUUAAGAGAUGGUUUUUAAUUAUAAUUAACUGCUUUUUGGCGCAUCUGCGGUUCAAAGGCAAUCCAUCUUUCCUUAUUUAGACUACUGUGUUGUGCAAAAAUUAGAAAUUCCAGUCUCUCUCUCUAGUUGCUGUACAAUACUUAAGAAACUUUGACAAGAAACCGAGUGAAAAUGAGAAAUAGCGUUAAAUAGACGAAUUUUAAAAUUAUAACAAAUAAAAAUAAAACAAAAGUAAAA